UAUUUCACGAUCUCUAGCUCAACAAACAAAGAGGGCCUCAGCCGUGGCCGCCUCGCUUUCCCCGCCGCCCGACGCGCCCGCCUAAGGAUGGCGGCGCUGCGGUUCCCGCUCCGCGCCAUCCUCUCCCGCGCGGCCCCUCCCUCCGCGCGGCUCCUCCCGCCGCUCCAUGCGCACCUCGUCGUGUCCGGCCGCCUCGCCGCCUCCCCCGCCGUGCUCACCUCCCUCGUCUCUCUCUACGCGCGCUACCCGGCCGCGCUGCACCCCGCCAUCCCGCUCCUACUCGCGCCCUCGGCCCCGCUCCCCUGCUUCAACGCCGCGCUCUCCCUGCCCCACGCGCUCGCGCUCCCGCUCUUCCGCCGCCUCCGCCUCGCCCACUCCCCAGACGCCUUCUCCUUCCCUCCCCUCCUCUCCUCCGCCCCCUCCCCGCCGCACCUGCUCGCGCUCCACGCGCUCGCCCUCCGCUGCGGCCUCGCCCGCGACCUCUUCUGCGCUAGCGCCAUGCUCCGCGCGUGCCUCAAAUUCGGCCUCGCCGACCACGCGCACAGCCUGUUCGACGAAUUGACCGACCUGGAUGUCGUGGUGUGGAAUGCGAUGGUAAAUGGGUUCGCGAAGCUCGGGUGCUUUGACCGCGCCCUGGAGUGCUUCCGGAAGAUGAGGGAGGAAGGCGCGGUGGAGAUCAGCAGCUUCACUGUCACCGGGAUACUGUCAGUUUGCACCGCGACGGCAGAUUUGGGGCGUGGGUCUGCGGUUCAUGGGUUGCUGGUGAAAUCAGGAUUUGACAAGGAGGCAUCUGUGUGUAACGCGUUGAUAGAUCUUUACGGGAAGUGCCAUCAUGUAGACGAUGCAACAAGGGUGUUUGAGGGGAUGGCAGAGACAGACAAGGAUCUGUUCAGCUGGAACUCAAUGCUGUCAGCGCUCCAGUACUCGGCUGACCAUGUGGGGACGAUGAGGCUAUUUGCGAGGAUGAGGUGUUCUGCAGUGUGGCCGGAUGCACUGACCGUCGCGGCUGUUCUCCCUGCAUGCGCGCAAACUGCAUCACUGCAGGUUGGGAGGCAGGUGCAUGGGUACAUCGUGACAAGCGGACUGGCUCGUGAUGGUGCACUGGACGUUUUCGCUUGCAAUGCACUGGCGGACAUGUAUGCAAAGAGCGGUGGGCUGGAUGAGUCUCGUCGUGUCUUUGAUUGGACGCACCAGCGGGAUGUGGCGUCAUGGAACAUUAUGAUUGAUGGCUAUGCAUCUCAUGGACAUGGGCAAGAGGCACUGGAGCUGUUCCAACAGAUGACAGAGGUAGAAGAAGGGCUGGUGCCAGAUGAGGUCACGCUGCUGGGGGCAUUGUCGGCCUGCAGCCACUCUGGGCUUGUCGAGGAAGGGAAGGGUCUUCUAAGGCGGAUGAAAGAGGAGUUUGGGUUGGAGCCACAGCUGGAGCACUAUGCAUGUGUGACCGACAUUCUUGGGCGAGCAGGGAGGUUGGAUGAAGCAAGACAGGUAGUAGAAGAAGCGGGGGAUGUGGGUGCUGGAGCAUGGAGGACAUACCUUGCGGCAUGCCGGAUGCAUGGUGACAAGGAGAGAGCACAAGAGACAGCUAGAAUGCUGAUGGUGGCAGAGGAGUCAGGGAGUGGUGGAUGGGUUUUGCUCGCCAACACUUACGGUUGGGAUGGCAACUUUGAGGAGUUGGAAGAGGUGAGAGGGGAGAUGAGACGGCGAGGAGUACAAAAGGCUGCCCCCGGUUGCAGCUGGGUUGAAGUUGGUGGAGAGAAUGGUGGUAGUGGAACCGUGAUGCAUGCUUUUGUCAGUGGGGACAGGGGACACCCUGAGGCUGACAUGAUCUAUGAAAUGUUGCAUGCCUUGAUAGGUUGGAUGAAGGACUGCAGCCAUCUGAGCAACAUAAUUCCAUUAUAUCCGAUAGAGUGCCCGUAGCUUUUCAGAUGUCGCUAGAACAAGCGCAACAUGGACACAAAAAGCUCAAUGGUGCAUCUGAAGAUACAGUUAAGCUCGCACCAUCUAGACCAGCACCGAAACUUGGUCCUGGCAACAAGUUUUCACCAAAUAUCAGAGUUCCAGCAGCCAGUGCUCCAGCUCCAAGCCCCAUUCCCAAGUUAGGCGCCCCAUUCUGACCUGCGAACCUUCUUGGUGGCAGAUUUAUGUAGCUCUGUGGCACUUGCCGCCAAUCAAGAAGGUGGCAGGGUUUGUGGAUCUGGGCGAGUAAUAGUGGCCGUCGGCAUGGCGUUGCUGUAGUGAUCAUCAUCGUGGCUGUGACCCCUAUGAUGGCUUGAAGGCAAUGGUGGAUAAUUAUAAACUGGACCAUCUUCUAUAGCUAAUGUGAUGCCGAUCUGAUUUGGGUGCUUAGAUCCGUCAUGUGGUCCUGCACAAUAUAGGCCAUUAAUGUUGCAAGUCAAUAUAACAGUAGUGAGACGAGAGAGGAAUGAGAGUGAAAUUCGAUUCUUUCAUUCAAUGUCUCCAUGUACAUAUAUACAAGUUGAAUGGACAUCCCAUCCGUUGGAAGACAUCCCUUCCCAACAUAUAA